AACAUGGCGGACGAUUCAGAAUUUUUGCGUAAUGAGCAGGCAAAUUUCCGCCGCUACAGCUCCAGAUUAGCGUCUAUGGUCUUCAGAAACGAUGAAAAUUUUAGAGUAGAACUUAAUCAAAUUCUGGAUCAACUGAAUGCGUUAGAAUACGCUGUAAAAAUUGCAGGCGAUCAAGAUGCUUUCAGUGUGUUGUGCCAAUGUUGCAUGCUGGUCUCGACAAAAGAUGAACUGUUGGUCACCAAAGUGUGUCAGCUGAUUGUCAACAUCACAUCAAGACAACAGAUUACAUUGAACCAAAGCACAUUUGAUAUCUUGUUGGAAUAUCUGGUGAAUGCUGUGCAGAUUUGUCACUCGUGGGCUCUCCCUGACAUCCUCCGUGCACUAGGAUCAGUCCUUUAUGAAAAUGGAGGCCGAGCUCAAAAGUUCUUUGAUGUCCUGAUCGGAUGGAAAGGUCUCCUCCUCAAGAUGGCACAUGUGGAUGUCAAAGAUGAAGGAAUCCAGCGAGGUGCCCUCCAGUGCAUUGAAAACAUCUGCAUGAGAACGGUUGGAUAUCCUUAUCCAGAUGAUCAGUAUGUGGCCACUUGCUUUCGAACAUUCCUGCAUUUUCUUCAAUCGCCAAAGAGGGAGGGCUUAGAUGAUGUUAGUUACUGCCGGCUACUUGUCUCAUCUCUAAAAGGCCUCAACAACAUCCUAACUUACAGUCCAUUAAUUGACCCAGACCAGCUCGGUGUUGUCUUAGCUGCUCUGAAGGUCUUCAUGCUCCUUGGCUUGCCAGGAUCCCCAGCUGCUACACAGCUGACUACCUUACAUCCUACACCAGUAAGCCAGUAUGACCCUAACCCUGCUCCAUCCCCGAAGAGCCAGGAAGCAAGAGGUAGGGAAGAGGAGGAGGGUGGAAAGGGACAGAAGAAGAAGAUGAGGAAGAGAAAGGGAGCGAGGAAAGGCAAGGAGGAUGGGGAGCAGGAGGAUAUGGACCAGGUAGAAAGCCAAGUGUCAUCCCUCAAACUCUUGGAUAACUCAAUGGGCCAGACAGACAAUUUCCCACUCCAGCCUGCAUGGAGGGUCAGCAGCUCGGAUAGUGAAUACUCUGACACUGAAGGUGGCCAGGCUUCAAAACUCAGAUCAUAUCAGUCAAAGGUCAGACAGCUUGCAUUAGGAUGCCUGUUAUCUAUUGUGAAGAAAGUGGAAAGAAGGCGGAUGUUUGGCUAUUGGUCUCACUUCAUUCCAGACAUCCCUACCUCGCGAGGUAGUCCACCUCAACCCACUCUAUUUACACCAAUUCUAAGGGAUCCAAGUUUUAAGGUCCGGACCGGUGCCUUAUUAGUUUUGACUGCCUUAUUAGAUGGAUCAAAACAGUACCUGGCUGUGGCUGAUGAUAGUGACCAACACAAGACUGCUUUCACACCAUUUUCUGUGACCCUUGGCUUCAUGAUCAAAGAGAUUCAUCGUUGUCUGCUGCUGGCUUUAUCUGCUGAGAAUGCCUCUCUCACUCUAACUCAGCUCAUCAAGUGUCUUGGCACGUUAGUUGUAAAUGUUCCCUACGGCAAGCUCAGGCCAGGUCUACUUGGUAGGAUCGUGCGUCAAAUAAAAGGAUAUCUAAAUCAUAGAGAUCCUAAUGUACGAGUUGCCUGUCUGACGUGCCUUGGGUCUGUGUGCAGUGUCCAGGCACCCUUGCUGGAAGUUACACACAUUCUCCAAGCUCAGCACCCAUCUAAUCAAGCAGUGGAGCCAAAUCAUAUGAACAGCCCCAGAAAAGACAAUGGUAGACUGAGGACUGAAUCGCAAGGUGCUGAGUGCGCUCCUCCAUCUCCUGGCCAUCGGACACCGACAGAUUCUGGCAUAACGACGCCAUCUUCUUCUUCCGGGUCGAUGACACCGAGACUGGCAGACGUCAGGGGUGUGAUGGAAGCUUCGUGGGUGACCAAGUAUUGUAUCAUGAAUGUGACACCGCAAGUCCUUAAUAAUGACCUGAGUGCAUCUGGACGGUUAUUGGCGUCCCAGGGUGCUGUGGAGCCACUGCCUGUGCGACUGGAAUCUCUUCAAGUGUUGAAUAAGCUUGUUAAACACUAUUUUCCUUCUGUUAGGUCCAAUUUCCUCCUGCUGAAGCGUGUGGUGCAGUGCUGCCUAGAAGACCAGGAACACCCUGUCCAACUCCAUGGUGCUAAACUUCUUGAAGAGUUGGGACAGACCUUGUUACCACCCCAGCACACAGACCUACCACUUCAAGCCCCACCCCACAUGGAUACUGAGCAAUCGUUUGAAUUCUGGAUCGAAAUAUUGAACAGACCGCUCCUUGGAGCACUACAGAACCAGGAGAACAGUGCCCUCAGGGCCACUGGCUGUGAUUGUCUCUCUACCAUUGGUUCAGACGUGUUUGAAAAGUUACCACUGGAUAAGAGGAUAAUGUGUAUCACCUUACUGCUUGGCCACACCAAUGACGAAGAUAAGAACGUCAAAGCGGCUGCGAUUAGAGCUCUGGGGGUCUACGUGCACUAUCAGUGUCUGAGGGAGGACGUGUCAUUCAUGGCAGACGUUGCUAAUGCUAUACUGGUUGCCAUGGCAGAUGCAAACAUUGCUGUGAGAAUGAAAGCGGCGUGGUCAAUGGGGAACAUCAGUGAUGCUAUUUGUUUGAACAAGGACCAAAAUGAUGCUGACUUCAUUCUGGAUUUUUCGGACAUGUUACUCCAGAAGAUGCUGACAGUUGCCGCCAAGGGUAGCCAAGAUAAUGAUAAAGUCAAGUCGAAUUCCGUCCGAGCGCUGGGGAAUCUCCUACGCUAUAUGCCGGAACGCAGUCUGGAGAAGAGUAGUAUGAUGGCCACUAUGGAACAGAGUGUACUUGCACUCAUAAAGAAUGUUGGAACUGGCACUAUGAAAGUGCGAUGGAAUGCGUGCUAUGCAUUUAGUAACAUGUUCAGGAAUAACCUACUGCCACUUGGAAGAGCUAGCUGGACAAGCAAUGUCUACAGUGCUCUUUGCUCUGUUGUCAAAGAGAGCAAGAAUUUCAAAGUGCGUAUCAACGGUGCACUUGCCCUUUCCGUGCCAAAAGAACGUGGGCAUUAUGGUGAUGCCUCACAAUAUGCUGUGAUCUGGGAGAGCUUGGUAGCUGCAUUGGAACUCUCUGAGUUAGUCCACGAGUACACAGAAUAUAGGUAUAGGGAUAACCUCUUAGAUCAGGUUUGUGGUACGUUGGGUCAUCUCUCCAGCAUCAUCCAGCUGUCUGAUAUCCCCACUCUUGGUGGAUUAGUGAAGGAUAAAGACCCCAUUCUCAAAGAUUACUUCACAAAAUACAAACAAAGGAAUGGGCAGAAUCUUGAAAAGAUGACCAUGCUAUCCAAGACCUGUGCUCACCUAAAAUCCCAGCAAUCUGAGACCCAGGAUGCCACUUCGAUUGAAACCCUAGGCUUACUAAUAGAUGUGUACACUGUUGAAACUGUGGUUGAAUUGUCCGAAGAAUCUCUGACUCCUGAGAAGACGAUCAUUUCAUCCGGUUUCAGACAAGUUUAUGAUUAGGUGUGUUGGGCCUUGGAAAUUACGAUAAGACGAUUCUCUCAGCCAAAGGAGGAGAAAAUUGGAUGAGUGCAUCCUGAAACUCGCAUAUUACUGGAUCAGUCCAGUGGCGGUGCUUGAUUAGAGUACAAUAAAAUAAUUGUCUUCCAUUGGCCAAUAUCUAUGUCCUACAUCAAGCAGUCAUGUGUGGAAGAGUUUUCGUGUAAUGACUAGUUUUCACCAAUACGUAUCUGUAGACCCCCUUACGAGUGGCCAUGUGAUCAAUUUUAUUCAUCUCAUACAAAUGUAGUUUUAUUGUUCUUGUUCAGGAGCUGAAAAACAUGAAUGCCAUAGCUUACAUUGUGCUGAUAAAUUGUGAUAGAAAAUGGAAUAAAUAUACAUGUACCAUAUUCUGG